GUGCAGGGAAAGGGCUCUAUAUAUAGACACACACACGGCAAAGCUACUCACCAGAGCAUUCAGCUUCGAUCGGCAUUGCUAAUUUCAGCCGUUGCGAGCGAGAGAGCGAGCUCAGCAUAUAAGCACAACACGCUAUGUCGAUCCCAGUAAUUGCUUCCCUGUUGCUCCUCCUCCUCCUGGCUGCCUCCUCGUCAUCGCCGGCCGCCGCGGCGCGCCCCGGCGGCGGGCCGUACACGCACAUCCGCUUCUACAUGCACGAGACCGUCUCCGGCCGGGACGCCACGCUGCUGAGGUCCGUGCAGUCCCCGCUGGGCGGCGACUCCAUGUUCGGGUCGGUGAACGUGCUGGACAACGAGCUGCGCGACGGGCCGGACCGCUCCUGCUCCAGGCUCCUGGCCAGGCUCCAGGGCCUCUUCGUCGGGGCCGGGCUCGUGUCCCCGCCGGGCCUCAUGUCCUCGUUGAACGUGGUGUUCACGGCGGGCAAGCUCCGCGGGAGCACGCUUGCGCUGUUGGGCCCCGUGCUCGAUUUCGAGGCUCCGGUCGAGCGUGCUUUGGUGGGAGGCACCGGGGUUUUCAGGAUGGCGCGGGGUUACUCCAUUAUGACAUCAGUAGGGAACUACACCAUGUCUGGGGCCGUCGUCCUUGUUGACCGGAUCGAUCUGUUUGUGAAGAUACCUCGUUGGGCAACCAUCAUGGAGUCCCUUGAGGAGGACUCCUCGUCGGAGUCCCUCUUCGAGGACUAGCUAGGUUGACAUGUUUCGUGGAGAAUUGGAGAUGCAUCGAUCAUGCCAGUCUGAUUUCCAUUUAUGUCUUAUAUAUGUCGUGUAACCGUGUAUCGUAUAUCGAUCGGUAUAAGUUUACCGUGCGUGCAUGUCGUCGAGUGUUUAAGUGUUUUUGGAAUUUUUUUUAAUAAAGUGCAUGUUGCGUUUGUUUAA